AGAAAAAUAUAGGAGUAUGCCACGACCCCCCUGGUCGUGCUACAAGAUGAGGCGCAAGCUACAAGUUUUCUGUUCGCUUCUCUGCGCAAGCGCAGGAGGAGUCGCGGGUCUGGGGGUAAGGACCAAAAGAGGCAGGCCGCGAGCAGGGCCGGACAGUGGUAUGGAAGGUGGAAGUAGGGAACAAGCUUCGAUGUCUACGACACAGAAUCCACCACUUUCCGCUUCACAGACUGCGGGCAGUAGCAGCUUUUUCGGUCGCAACCUCACCA